AGCGCGCGAUGCGGUGGUGCCGACCGCCGACGGAGUGCCGGCCCAUAGCGGUUCGUACCCAUUCAGUUUCCGAACUCCUAGUUCGUGUCGAGUGGUUUAUCGGAUCGGUACCUCGUGUCAUCUACGUAUCUACAUUCACACCUCGUCCACUGGAUUGCGCUUUAAAUAAAAGUAAUUCCGGAAAUGAAUGUCGUAAACUAAGUGCAAGUAUGAAAAAUAUGUAUACCGCAGUGUACCUCACGCUGAGUGACUUGUAAUUUUGGAACGUGAGAAUUAUUCGAGUGUUUGCGGGAAGAGUUUCAAUUAUUCUAGGAAAGAAUUAGCUGAAUAUGGAAGCGGUGUGUGGGCGCAGCGACGCCGCAUGCGAGAUGCGCGUGCUAUCAGCCGCCUUGCAUUCGCUGCAUCUCUACUGCGCGACCAUUUCCACUGCGCUCAUAUGCUGCUGCGCACCCGCUCACAUGCACUGGCAAGAACAGCGAUGGCGAGGCCAAGAUUUGCGCGGUGUCACCAGCCUCAUGCUGUGCGCUGUAUGGAUCAGCGGCGCGGCGGCGGCCUCGCUGCGAACCGACACGGUGCAGCUCGUGGCUGCGCUGAUGCCGCCGCUGGCCUGGCUAGCCGCUGCCGCGCUACACGUCGCACUCUGGACCCGCCGCACUGGCCCCCCCCACCUCUACCUCGCCAUCUACUGGCUGCUCACAGCAGUCUCCUCAGCAUCCAUUCUCUGGAAACUUCUAGACUCUGGUGCCUCACCGGCGCACAUAGAACCAUACAUACAUGGACUUUCAACUGUACUAGCAUUAAUAAUAUUUGGAGUAGAUUGCGUCUGUUUUUACGAUGAGGUUACGAAACGAUCAAGAAGGCAUCAAAAUUCUACCACUAAAAACCAUAAUGUUCCGUAUAAGCAUAGUAGCUCACAUUUCUUUUCGAAAAUCACAUUUUGCUGGUUGAAUUCCCUGUUGUGCAAAGGCUUUGAUUCUCCUUUAGAAAGUGAAGAUUUAGGAGACGUGCCAGACGACGAGAGAUCAAUAAGUUACUAUCAUAUAUUCCGAAAAAUUUAUUGUGGUCGCAAGAACAGAAUAAAGAAGAAUCAGAAAACGAACAUUUGGCGUUGUUACGCGCGCAUGGUGUGGCCCAACUUUUAUAUCGCGGGCGUUUUGAAACUUAUCAGCGACCUGAUAAGCGUAGUGCCGCCUCUAGGAUUGGCAAUAAUUUUGCAGUUUAUUGAAGGACCACUCGAUACUUAUGACGUCAACGCGCCAGUAAUAUUUAGAGAAUUUUUCAGUAACGGCUAUAUUAUAUUAGUUAUAGUAACGAUGGCACUUAUAACGCAAGCUAUUCUUUCACAAAAUUCUACUCAUAUGGUAACUGUAGAAGGAAUAAGACUGAAAACUGGUUUGCAGGGCAUGCUAUUUGACAAGUGUAUGCGAUUAGCACCGUGGUCUACGACAGACUUCGAAGAGGAUGAAGAGUCGCCGCUAUUGCACACCCCAGAAGAGGCUGCGUGCACCCCGGCCGGUGUACUUACUAACCUUAUGUCCCAAGACACGUACAACAUCAUGUCUUGUGUGUGGAUAUGCCAUUACAUCUGGGCGAUACCCUUGAAGGUUAUUGUCAUUCUAUACCUGCUCUAUACUAAGCUUGGAAUAAGCGCUAUAAUAGGAACUGCUGUCAGUGUAACAUUAAUAACUCCCUUGCAAUUUUAUAUUGGAAAGAAACUGUCUGAUAAUUCAAAGGAUAUCGCAAAAUGUACAGAUCACAGACUUGCGAAAAUCACAGAGAUUCUGCAAGGGAUAAACGUGAUAAAGUUAUAUGUGUGGGAAGACUUAUUCAAGGAAAAGAUAUUGAAUCUUAGAGAAGUGGAACUUAAGUUAUUAAAUAAAGAUUCGAUUUAUUGGAGCUUCUUAACCUUCACCACACAAACGUCGACUAUUUUGGUUACAGUAGUAACAUUUACAGUUUAUUAUUUUUUGGAAAACAACAAAAACCUGACUGCCGUUAACGUGUUUGCUGGUUUGGCUCUAUUCAAUCAGCUGACAGUACCCCUACUUAUAUUGCCUGUGACAGUUUUAAUGGUCAUUCAGGCAAAGGUCAGUACACAGCGAAUUCACGAUUUCUUGGAUCUGCCUGAAUCUAACAACGUGAAAGAAGACGUUGAUGAAAGCUUGAAAACGCCAUGUGAUAUUUUUAAUGAAGCUUUUAUUGAUGUUAGUCCGGAAGAAAAGACGUCAACAGACCAAAAUGACGAAGUUAUUGAAACAGAAGACCAAUUUUCAGACGAGGAAAAUAGUAAUCUCAAACCAGGGUACGAGUACCUGGCUCGGUUUCGAAAUGCAGCCUUUUCUUGGGGAAUGAAAAAUGAAGCUUUACUAGAAAUAGACGAUUUAGAUAUUCCCACCGGAAAAUUGAUAAUGGUGGUCGGCGAAACCGGGUCUGGGAAGAGCUCACUGUUGUCGGCUAUCCUCGGGGAAAUGUACCUGGAACGAGGUGACGUCAACUACCACGGACGGUUUAGUACUUGGUAUUCAGGUCAACCUCCUUGGCUGCUAGAAGGCUCUGUUCGGGAUAACAUAGUGAUGAACGGCGCCUGGUGCCAGCAGAGAUACGCGCGAGUGCUGCGCGCGACCGGUUUGCGACCAGACCUGCAGCUUUUACCCGAUGGUGAUAGUACUCAUCUGGGCAGUCAUGGAGCUCCUUUGUCAGGUGGACAGAGAGUACGCGUGUGUCUGGCGCGCGCGUUGUACUCCAACGCUUGCCUGCUGGCGCUCGACGAGCCGCUCGCUGCCCUCGACGCAGCGCUCGCUCGGCACGUGGUUGCUCGCGCGCUCGUUCCAGCCGCUCGCUCCGGCCGAACUGUAAUCGUCGCUACCAAUAGACUGGAGUUGAUGCAUUACGCUGAUUUGAUAAUUGCAAUGGAAGACGGUCGCGUGUGUGAGAUGGGUCGCGCUGGAUGCGGCGGAGAAGGCGCGCUCGCCCGCUGGGCCCAGAUAGCCGGGUCGGCACGCGCAGCGGCGGCGCGCUGUGGUGCCGGUCCUCCCGGUGGCUCCGCUAGAGAAAGGGACCGGUUGCGACGAGCGCUCACAAAGGCCAAAUUUCAGCGGACUAAUUCGGAUGACACUACGCUGGGAAUCAGUGAGGCAGCGGGUGCGCACCUAUUGGCAGAGGUUCCAGCACGUGCGGCGGGCAGUUGGCGACGCGUGCGGCGCGUGCGUACUUCCCUCACUCGUCAGCUAUCAUCCCCACCGCCCUCCUUGCAACACAAAUGGCGCCGCGAAGUGAGGCGCGCUGUGAGUGCGGAUGCGAGCGACGCGGCGCUGCGAAGGGAGGCUAGUCUGCUAAGGAGACUGUUUAGACCUCGACCACACCGCACUCUAGCUAGAUGGACCCCGCGCACUUUACGACGUCUAUUGAGCAACGAGUCUGAUGCAAACAACGAAGAAAUGCAUAACAACGAAAUCCCCGAUGAAACGACAAUCGAAUCAGCUUACACUUCAAUCAAAUCGAAUGGCAUGGAGACCCACACCGUGAUUAAUACUAACACACAUGAAAAAGAAAAAAUCGAAAGUGGUGUUAGUGAGUUGCCAAUAUGGUGGGAAUACGGACGGGCGUGUCGCUGGUGGAGCGUGGCAUUUUGGGUGGCGGCGGGCGCCGCGCAAGCGUUGGCGCUGAUGGCGGACUACUGGCUUACUCGCACUGUCGCGGACAAUGCACAAGCUCAACUUGAAGAUGAACAGAUGUGGAGGCGCGUGCAGACCUACUGCUUUUGGAGCGGAGCGUGCGCGUGCGCGGGUGGAGCAGCUCAAGCGGCCGGCGCGGCGGCGGGAGCACGGGCGCGCCGGCGGCUGCACGAGCAGCUGCUGCACGCCACGCUACACGCGCCACUGAGACACCACCACACGGUGCCCGCCGCACAGCAUCUCCACAGAUUCUCUGCUGAUAUACAGAUCGUUGAUAAGAGGCUUCCCAUUGCGAUAACACGUUGGGCUCAGUUGGCGCUUCUUUGUGGAGCGGCCAUGCUGGUCAAUGCAGUAGUAGCACCAUGGAGUCUACUGGCGAUGUUACCUGCCUUGUUUUUGUACUUUGGCCUUCAGACGAUUUACCUUUGUAACGCCAGAGAACUACAGCGAAUGGAGGCUCAAAGUGCAUCGCGAGUGGUAUCCGCAGCGGCGGAGACGAGCGCGGGCGGCGCGAGCGUGCGCGCGGGCCGGCUACAGGCGCACAUGCGCGCCGUCUUCCAGCGCAGGCUCGACGCCAACCACAACGCGCUGCUGCUCAUCAACGCUGCUAAUCGAUGGCUCGGUCUGGCCAUGGACCUAGUGGGCGCUUGCAGCGUGAGCGUCUCAUUAUGCGUGGCGGUGGUGGGCGGCAGUGGGGCGGCGGCGGCCGGGCUGGCGGGGGCCUACUCGCUGCUACUGCCAGCUUACCUGGCGCACCUCGCCAAGUGCCGCGCCGACCUUCAUCUACAGUUGGCCGCUGUUGAGCGCAUCCGCGAUGAUACCAAUGUGCCGCAGGAAGACUAUAGAGACGACUGCCCCUUACCAUCAGACUGGCAAAGAAAUGGAAAGAUAGAAUUCGAGAAUGUCAGCAUCCAAUACGAGCCUGGAACUCAGCCGGUACUAACCAAUAUCAACCUGUCCGUUACACCAGGCCAAAAGAUAGCAAUUUGCGGUCGAAGCGGCAGCGGCAAAUCCUCACUUCUACUGUCUUGCGCCGGCGCGACCUUCGUAAGCAGCGGGCGGGUUGUGAUUGACGACCAAGAUUCGGCGCGAGUGCCUCUCCGCACUCUUCGUCAUCGAAUCGUAGUGCUACCACAAGAGGCCACCAUGUUCUCGGGAACGUUACGAGAGAACCUAGACCCGCUUGCAGUACACACAGAUGAGGAAAUAUGGCAGAGCCUGAGAACGGUCGGACUGUACGAGUUUGUCUCCGCUCAACCAGCGGGAUUAGAAUGUAGCGUGGGUAAAUCUCGUUGUGGCUGGAGCGGCGGGAGAGCGGCGCGAGCGUGCGGGGCGCGGGCGGCGCUGCACGCGGGGCCCGCGGCCGCGCUGCUGCUGGACGAGCCGGCCGCCGCGCUCGACGCGCACGCCGAGCGAGCUCUGCUGGCUGCGCUCGCCAACAACGCGCCCAACACUACCAUACUCACAGUUGCGCAUCGGAUAGCUUCAGUGCGAAAUUACGACCGGGCCAUAGUGCUGGAAGAUGGACACAUCAUAGAACAAGGAGAGGUGACCGCGUUGCUAGCACAGCCGAGCUCCCGGCUCGCGCGCAUGCUCGCCGCCGCUCACUAUCACACCUAGCAACAACCGCUCCGCCAAGGAAUAUAACUGAUAAGAGCCAACAGUAAUAACCUCAGAUAGCAGUCUCAUAAAGGAUAGUUUCGACGUCGAACGCACUUUUGACGCGAUGAGACAAGGUCGUGUAAAUCUAUUAAUGGAAUUAUAUGUUGCCGUGUCAUAAUGGUAGUGUUCGAAGUCCGAACAAACUUUGUCACAUCUUGUCUCAAUUGCUUUCAUAAAGCUUUAUUUAAAUUUGUUUCUAUCUGUAAUCUGUCAGAUUGUGGUUUAUCUGGCAUAUAUCGUUGGCAUGGUCAUUAUACGAUUAUGCGUAGUAUACUUAUAUAGACUCAUAUGCUAUUUGACACUUGCUACUAUUUGAAAUCAAUUUAACACGCCAAUUCGAUGACAGUUUUGAUAUCCAGUACAUAGAUAUAGUGAUUGUAGCAGUUUCUUCGAUCUAAACAUACAGUCUGAUAGUAUGUUUAGAAACAUAUUUCUUUAGUUGUGGUCGACUAGGUUAAUACAACUAUUGUUUUGUAUUUUAAGGUUUUAAUAAUGUUUGCUCUGUAUCAGUAUGGAUUACAAGAAAUUAUAUCAAUCAUUAUAUGACUAUAAAUUGUUCACUAACUAUAAGACUUUGCAGUAUUUCCUAAUGGUUAUAACUUGUUUUAUUAGAAAUUGUAUCGGGCGAUAGGUAUCCUAGUUAAGUAUGAUGAAAUUGAUAGAAAAAUAUAUUCUUUUGCUAUAUACUCGUAUAAUCAUAGAUUGCAGCUACAACUAGCGCCACAAAUGUGUAGAAUCUGUAACCCUGUCCAGUCCAUACUGCCCAACAAAUAAAAUUGUGUUCAUAAUUUUAAUUUUAAUUAUAAAUAAUAUGACUUGUACAUCACUUGUAUGUUUUUAAUAAACAAAUACAGUAAAUUGAUUUA